UUUCCCGCCGUUUUACCGCACGUGUUGUGUAGUCGUCGGUUGUUGUCGCUGCUCUCUAGUUGAGGAUUGAAAACGAUGUCGUCUACUGGUUCGACGCCGAGAUCUAGUCAGAAGAGAUCUCGAACUGGGACGCCGAAGAGCGCGCGCUCUCGCUCACAGAAGACCGGCCCCUUGUCCAGUUCUCCACUGCCACUUGCCGCUAGCUCGCCUAGUGGAGCACACGACCCCGAUCAGUCGCUUUUCUCUUCUCCGCCACCACAACGACGAGGAACAAACGAAGCUGAGAUGAGCUCUCCUCUCACAUACGGGACACCGUCUACAAAAGGAACACCACAGCCAGGUCAUGGAACACCAGUUCAUUCUCGGCCUGAUGUGCGAGCUAGUAGACAUCACCGAACUGUUAACCUAGGAUCGAGCAGUGGACCCGGUGGAGGCGGUAGUGAUCCUUUAGGGCCGUCGUCGUCUGUGCCACAGAGUGUUGGCGAUACUCAACCUGGUGAUUACUUGGUUGUGUGGGGAACGGACGUGAAUGUGAAGGAAGCAAAAGAGAAAUUCAAGAAGUUUUUGUGUGAAUUUAGAGAAGAGGUGGAUGACAUGAUCAAUGACGAUGAGACGCCGUACUACUUGCAGAGACUAGAUGAGAUCAAUACACUAGAAGAGCCUUUUCUCUCCGUCGAUUGUUCACACAUAAAACGGUUCAACCACUAUCUCUACACACAGCUCAUUCGCUACCCACAAGAGGUCAUACCAACGUUUGAUAUGGCUGCAAACGAAGUCUUCUACAACAUCUAUCCAGAAGCCCAGCUUGAGCAUCAAAUACAGGUUCGUACGUUCAAUGCUGAUAAGACAAAGAAUAUGCGAGCUCUUAAUCCAGACGAUAUCGAUCAGUUAAUCACUAUAUCAGGAAUGGUAAUACGAACAUCCAACUUAAUACCCGAGAUGAGAGAAGCUUUCUUCUGUUGCUCUGUGUGCCACAACACGGAAUCAGUCGAGAUUGAUCGCGGUCGUAUUGCCGAACCAAAUCUGUGCCGGAGUUGCAACACAUAUCACAGCUUUCAGCUCAUACACAACAGAUCUCACUUCACGGACAAGCAAACCGUCAAGCUGCAAGAAUCUCCUGAUGACAUGCCAGCUGGUCAGACUCCUUAUACUGUUAUUCUCUAUGCACACAAUGACCUGGUUGACACAGUUCACCCUGGAGACAGGGUUACUGUGACUGGUAUUUAUCGAGCUGUACCCCUCAAAGUGCAGCCGACAACACGUCACGUCAAGUCUGUCUAUAAGACCUACGUUGACGUCAUUCACUUUAGGAAGUCUGAUACUAAACGACUGUAUAGAGAUGAGGAAGGCAAAGAUGCACACUUCACUGAAGAAAGGAUCGAGCAGCUGAAGGCUUUAUCCAGAAUGCCAGACAUCUAUGAAAGACUUGCCCGAGCACUUGCUCCCAGCAUUUAUGAAAAUGAAGACAUCAAGAAAGGUAUUCUAAGUCAACUGUUUGGAGGGACAGUGAAGGACUUCGGAAAUGCUGGUAGAGGGAAAUUCAGGUCUGAGAUCAACGUGUUGCUGUGUGGUGAUCCUGGCACAAGUAAAUCUCAACUCUUAAGAUAUGUACACAGUCUCGUACCACGUGGUCAAUACACAUCAGGCAAAGGCUCCUCAGCAGUUGGCUUGACAGCAUACAUCACCAAGGAUCCAGAAACGAGACAACACGUAUUGCAAACUGGUGCCCUCGUGUUGAGCGACGGUGGCAUUUGUUGUAUUGACGAGUUCGACAAGAUGAAUGACAGCACAAGAGCUGUGCUGCAUGAAGUCAUGGAGCAACAGACGUUGUCCAUCGCCAAGGCUGGGAUAAUCUGUUCGUUGAAUGCACGGACGUCCAUUCUGGCGGCUGCGAAUCCUCGUGAGUCUCGUUGGAAUGCCAAACUGACGACGAUUGAAAAUCUACAGCUACCUCACACGUUACUGUCAAGGUUUGAUUUGAUUUUUCUGAUGCUGGACCCGCAGGACGAGCAGUUUGAUCGUCGUCUUGCAACUCAUCUCGUGUCUCUCUAUCACCAGACGAGGGAAGAAGACGAGGAACAAAGUUUGGACAUGUCAUCACUGAGAGAUUACAUUGCCUAUGCUAGAACAUACAUCAAUCCAAAAUUAGGUGAAGAAGCCGGACAGUCUCUAACCGAAGCGUAUGUAGAAAUGCGAAAGGUUGGCAGUCAUAGAGGAGCCGUGACGGCGUAUCCUCGUCAGUUAGAGUCUCUAAUUCGUCUCGCAGAAUCUCAUGCAAGAAUGCGCUUCAGUGAAGUCGUAGAGAAGAUUGAUGUCGAGGAAGCCAAACGGCUUCAUCGUGAGGCUCUGAAGCAAGCUGCUACUGAUCCCAAAACGGGUAUUGUUGAUAUCAGUAUUUUGACUACCGGGUUGAGCAGCUGGGAGAGAAGUCGACGAGUCGAGAUAAUGAAGGCUGUGAAACAGAUGUUGGAGUCACGAGGGAAAGCGCCGACAGUGAAGUAUCUGCAGUUGUUUGCUGAAUUAAAGGAUCAGUCAGACAAGCCAAUAAAUCAAGCUCAGUUUGACGAUGCUCUCAGAGGUCUCGAAGACGACAAUUUCUUGAUCAGAACAGGAAACAUCAUUCGUCUCCUCCAAGACUAAUAACUAGCAAUCCACCUCCAAACAAUACAAUAAACACUUUGUAGCUAAAUUUUGCAAAAAGUAUUGAUGGAACACAAAUUGUUGUAUGUAGAUCUACUGCACUGUAGCAUGUCUGUAACCAAGUACAUUGCCAAUACAUUUCGUACAUUGGUGUUUACACACAACAAUGCAUUCAAUUCCAAUUU